AACCCGCCGUCGCCCGGGGAGCAGAGCUCGAGGCAAUAGUCCCCGCCUCCUCACCUGCCUCCAGUAACCAUAGCAACGGAAGUAACGAAGCCUCUCCUGCUUUUCCUUGGCCAGAGUUGCUGCUGCUGCUGCUGCCGCCGCUCCGAGAGCCUCCUCGACUGAAACAUACAAGCCUUUGAAGAUGUCAGAUGAGGAUCCUGAAGAUGAUUACGAUGCUGAAGAAGAGAAAGAAGAGGCUAGAAAUAAAGGGGAAGAAGAGGGAGAAGGGGAAGAGAAGGAAGCAGCAGAAGAGGAGGAAGAAGAGCCCCAAGUUUCAAACCCUCUCACUGAGGAUCAUCUGAAGGAAGGCCUCUCGCUUUUGUGUAAAACUGGCAAUGGCCUGGCCCAUGCCUUUGUGAAAUUAGAAGUCAAAGAAAAGGAACUGACAGACAUCACCCUCAUCCAGAGCUUCAUCCACUUACGCUAUGUAGACCUGUCAGACAACCUACUCCGAGACCUGUCUCCAUUGGCAGGUCUCACACACUUGCUGUGGCUGAAAGUGGAUGGCAAUCAGCUAACUAGUGCCAGCAUGGAAGAGCUGCCAUAUCUGCAGAUUGCCAGCUUUGCCAGUAACCAUCUCAAGGACACCACUGGCAUUAACCACCCACGCUUGACCAGCAUCAACCUGAAAGGGAAUGAAAUUGAGAUAAUAUCUGGACUAGAUCCAGCCAAGUUAUCAAAUCUGUACUCGCUGGAACUGCGGAAUAAUAGCUUAAAGUCUACAGCUGGAAUCUGCCUUCCAAAGCUCAAAAAUCUAUAUCUGGCCCAGAACUCCAUUACACAAAUAGAGGGCCUGGAGGACCUGGGGCAACUCACAACCAUUCAUCUGCGUGACAAUCAGCUUGAAACCCUGGACGGCUUUUCAGAAAGUUUGAAAUCCCUUCAGUACCUCAAUUUACGGGGGAAUGCAAUCGAUCAGCUCCAGGAAGUGACAAAGCUACAGGUGUUGCCUAUGUUACGAGCUCUGGUCUUGCUAGACAAUCCUUGUUCUGAUGAGGGAGAUUACCGGAUGGAAGUCCUAGUGAUGCUCCCACGCCUGGAACGCCUUGACAAGGAUUUCUACGAGGAAGAAGAACGGGCAGAGGCUGAAGAAAUAAGGCAGCGGCGGCGGGAAGAAGAGUUGGAGCUAGAGAGAGAAAGAGAGAGAGAGAAGGAGCUAGAGCUAGAGCAAGAGCAGGAAAUGGAGGACGCUACCCUGGAGGAGGCCCCCGAGUGACGCAUGGGGUGCCUACUGGCGGAUCCUCGAUCCCGGUUGGAGCGGGAAACUGCUGCAGGCUGCUGCCUUCCAGAGCCGGCUUCGUUUUGUUGUAGGGCCCUGGACCCACAGCAUUUCAUCCCCCGCCCCCCGCCCGGACAUGCAGCAACAGAAGGGUGCUGUUGUGCUGCUUUUGCCCAGAGCCGGAGGCCCCGGAGAUGGGGAGGUCUGGGUGCUUGGAACGGAUUGUGAUUUGUUGUUGCAUGUGAAUUAAAAAAAGCGCUCUGGUAAUGAA